GCCUGGCGCGCUUGAAGUAUAGGGAAGGUUUUCGCUGUCAUGUCAUGCCGUGCAUUUCUAGCAUCGACGAUAUUACCUACCUAGCUAUAAUUCUGAUUAGUCAGCUGCUCUCUAUCUUCAUCCUCCAAGUGGAAUUCGCGAGACCGAAUACUAUAGCAACGACCGCGACAAACCUAAGCACUUAUCUCGUACUUAGACCUUUCCUCGUGAAGUUUUCUAGCUCGAUAACUCUCAACAGAUCGGGAGCAGCCUCGACAGAGUUCAAGAAUUCUCCUCCAAUGAAUCAUGGCGCCAACCUUCAUCUUUUCAUAGGACAGGCGGUUUUUCGUAUUUCUAUCACGAAGAUCGACCUAUACUUAUUUGUGGAGUUGUUGCACUAGAAAUAGAACAUCAUCGAUAUACUUAUGUAUGAAGUGCUGGUCUUUAUAUAUACGAUUCGGUAUUCAAAAUCUAUCAGAAAAGGUACUUUUUCUUCUAUAUCUAUAGUCACUUUCUACAUGCAAGAUUUACAACAGUCUAAUCGUCCAUUCCUUUCGUAUUAAAACGAACAAAGAAACAACAUAAACAUUUUAUUUCAAGCGAAUGCAAAAGAACAAAAUGGUGCAUGAUUAUUCUUGGCACUCAUUUUCAUCAAUAUCAUGUGCGUCUGCUGUCUGUGUACGAGGUCAGUGUAUCUUGCUUGUUGCGGCGACCUCAAUAUUGUGGCCUGCCGUAACUGCGUCUGCCUCGUCGCAUGUUGUUGUAUCGUCCGAGUCGAUGACAGCAGAAGAUGGCCACCAGUCUUCAUCAAGUCGGGCGGAAAGGCUGGCACAUGAUUCGUCCACAUCGUUCACAGCAGACCAGCGGGCAAGCAAAGAACAACGAAGAGCUAGCGCUACUCCGGAAAUCGAGCGACAACAAGGAGAAGCACCGGAACUUCAGCUAAGAAGUUCUUGUACAAUUAGCAGGCAAAGACGAGAUAAAGCGGGUGCAAGGAAAUGGGCGGACAUCAGUGAUACAGAGAUGGAUAACGAGCAUGCUAUCGUUGCCCUAUCAUCUACUCUCUUCGGCAACGCCCAUGGAGUUGGAAGCGGAAGCGUUUUUGGGAAAGAAGAUUAUGAGCAGGGUAUGGCUAAUGCGGCGGGUCCAUUUGCCGAGGCUGCAUCUCCUAGAAGCGUGAGGGACGAAGUAGAGCAGGCAAACAACUCCCGUAUAAAAAUGAGAAGGACUGAAAGACCGGGACGAAAAAUGAGUGAUGCAAAGUCAGCACCCGGCUCGCCAGCAAAAGUAUCUCGACCUCGACAGCCGCUGCUCGGCCAGAAGAGUCAAACGGUGGAUGUAAAAAGCAAGCCAAUGACGACGGAAAGGACCACAUCAACCACAAAAAAGCGGCCGAAGCGUGAGGUAUUCACAGUAACUCGAAUUCAUGUGGAAAAGUUGGGGAGGUGACGCAAUUCCCUUUGCAAGGCACACGAACUUCAGCUUGUGAAAAACAAAAAAGUAAGAGACCAUCUGUAGUAUGCAUGCAUUGGAGUUUGAUCAUCAUUUUCAUUUUGGUUCUUCUCAUUUUCAGACUCAAUUCAACUCUCAACAGAACAAGACAACGGGGUGGAUUCAACCCCAGGAUGCUGGUUGGUGGACGAAUGAGUGGUACCCGGGAUGCUAUCCAACAGCUUACAAUUAUAUUCCCACAUCUGACGAGCAACAAUACUACAGCUACAGUUCUGGUCUGGCAUGUCCAUCAGCAUCGUCUGGAGGAAAGUGCUUCUAUGGAGGUACUAGAGGGACGACAGCACGCACGGCUUCGGAGUCCCACGCGCGACAAUUCGGUGCUGAACCUGGACAAGCAUACUACGGGGACAAUGGAGAUAGCGGCUGGCCUUGCCCUUGGAUAGACUAUGACGGGCAGCACGCUUAUUCCACAUCAGCUCAAGCGUGGUAUCCAACUUCACGAGAACACGAACGGGGAAGUAAUAGGCUACCCUAUUCGUCUUCGUCUUCGUCUUCUGCAGGUCCUAGUCAUUAUAGCCACAACGCACUUAGCAGAAAAGCCGUUUCAGCUGAGGCUGCACAUGUUGAAGAACAAGAACAAGUACAUCAAGAUCUUGAAGUAAAAGCAGGGAAAGGCAUCAAAGGAAGCACAACAUCAAGUGGUGUCUACUACGGGACAAAACUACAAGACGAUACGAGAAGCAACGUGGACGCUGUCAUGAGGUCCACUAAGACACUGCAUCAUCGCGGAGCGCUUUUAGCGACAAGUACUGCACCAGGUACAAAAACAACCCCAGAAGCGAGCAAAAUUUCUGAAAUAGAAGUGGGUCUACAACUGGACCACGAAGACUCUGACUCAUCUUCAUGCGAGGCCGGAUCACGUCACUACACCGAAGCACAUGCGACCAGUUGUAGCUUUUACGGUUAUUAUAAUUCUCACGAUAAAACUUGUGGUCGAUCUUCUCUACUUUUACAACCGUAAAAGUUUUGCAAAGACCUUCUUUAUCCAGACCUGAUAAAAAAUGUAAAUCUAUUUAAGUAUUCGUAGUAGUAUGUAUUGUGUUUGUGGGAGGUUGUAACUCUAUUAACCGGACCCGACAGCAAGUGGUACGCGAAAUAUAUAUGUAUGGUUUGAGAGAGACUGUUCUACAAGUCUACUGCUAAAUCAAAAUCAGAACGAACAACCUCUAAGAAUCUGGCACCGCAUCUUCAGUGUCCUCAUGGUCUCGUUCUUGGGGAGAACCCGACAGGCAUAUGAAAGUUCGCACGGGCAUUGGCUCUCUCCUAAUGUCUAUGGAGCGCCUGAAAAUAUGGCUGAAUCGCCUCAACCUUCCUGAUUAUACUCAGGCUCACGACCACCUCCGAGGAUUUCCAACAGGAACAGCGAGAUGCCAAGAAAGACUCUUCGAUUACAGCGAGCAGGAAAAAAGAUGUGGUCUCUCUGAAAAUGAAGGUGGACGAGACCGAAUGGAAGAGGAAGAAGAGGACGAAGAGCUGCAAUAUUUUCUUCAAAAUUUCAGCGACUUGUUAAGCCUCACGAUUUUUCGAAGUGUUCGUUGACUACUUAUCUUGAUUCCCCUCCUCGGAGUCGUUCAUCUAAUUCCUUACCACACGAUUACAAACUACAACAAGCGACUUCUCCUCUAGUGCGUCCGAAGUUAGUACUAUACAGUGAUCGCCCACCGUCCCUUCCUGUUGCACUCCAAGAGGAGGACGAUCUCAUGUAGUAAGGGAACUAUGAAGGCUACCGCUAAUGACACAAAGCGAAGAGGGUCAAGCCACAACAUGUUGUCUCUCCGCAGAGCAGCGUCCUACAGUACUACAAGGGGGCAAGCAGGCGCUCCAAGAGUACCACAAUUCAGGUGUUUACGUGAGCAAGGAAUGUUGCGACAUGAUCAGCAGUUUGGACCGUUUCCGCGCUCUUCUAGAAUGGAAGAGUCGAUGCAGUACGCGUCAGGUAUCUUUAAGCAGUAGAGGUCAGGAUCCGUGGGGCCGCCAAGGCCAAAAUUAUACAGAAGAUGAUAGAAGAACAAGACGAGACGAGAUGGAAGCGGGUUUCCUGGGUGGCCCACGACACGAAGAUGUUGUCAUGUCAUGUGUCUCCAACGAGGACGUUGGACGCUUGCGGAAUAUCCUUAAAACAUUACUACACCGCGCCACUCUCUUACUACACUGCAAACUGAACGGACAGGCCCCUGUAGAAUCGAGUAUCGACAAGGGCUAUUUAACGACGAAGCAACAGCGAGAACGAAGAGAACUUCUUCUUACGACCACGUCUACAGAAGAUUCAACAGUCAGUAGAUGCAGAUGAAGAGUGAGAAUUCAUCAUCGUCAAGCGGUCUUUAUUUGUGUUAUUCUCCUCUCGGCGUCAGCCUUCGUACCCCAGACCUCUGUGAAGCACCAGAAAGUCAAGAUCUGGCUGGAUGUUGACCAUUUCACUCCUCGUGCUCGUCGCAUAAUCUUGAUGAGCAAGUUCUUCAUUUUACGUUCAUCUAAUUUGCACAUACAUCAAGCAGAAGCGCGCCGAUUCUUGUCAGACGAGGGGAAUCACAUGUACCCAUACGGCAACGUGGACAAUGAAUAUUCGGGCAAUGUUCGGCUGUUUCGUCCAAAUCCGGUGCAGCACUCCUGUCAGUAUGGUGGACCUCUUCAAACAGCAGGUGGAGAAGUAGUCGUGUGUUCUACUAGUGGAAAAGUAGCAUGCUCUAGUGGAGUAGCAUGCUCCAGCGGAGUAGCAUGUUCCAGUGGAGUAGCAUGCUCCAGUGGAGUAGCAUGCUCCAGCGGAGUAGCAUGUUCCAGUGGAGUAGCAUGCUCCAGUGGAGUAGCAUGUUCCAGUGAAAAAGUAGCCUGUUCCAGUGGAGUAGCAUGCUCCAGUGAAAAAGUAGCCUGUUCCAGUGGAGUAGCAUGCUCCAGUGGAAGUAGUGACCCAAACAUUGAAGCACCAGAAGGCGCUCCUAUAUUAGUACCUACUACAUCAACAACAGUUUUCGAGCCCUUGGAAGAUGGGCGUGAAACUCGUGCUUCAUCGCAUCUUUCCAACAGCUACCAAGAACUAUAUGCGACAUCAUCUCCGGCGUCCUCCCCCGCACCGUCAAGCAUCGCACUCGCCCCUGCUCCAUCCUUUGCGCCUUCGGCGAGCAUGAUUUUAAGGACGCAAUAAUUGUAUCAAUCUGUCGCAGAGCAUCAAGUUGUAAGACAGAGAGACUGAAACAAUCCUAACGUCCUUGAGUCUGUUUCUACUCUUAGAAGCAUGAUACAGGAACUCAGUAAUAAGCGUUAGACGUCGGGUACUAAGUAGUUUAGGUUCAAAUUAUGAAGGUGGAAACGGAAUCCUCUACAACUGCUAAGAGAGCCGCCUGCUCCAUCGUAUUCGCCUGCACCCUCGAAUACAGCCGUAGCAUGCUCAUCGCCAAGGACGCCCUAUCCAGACGAAGACGAAGUCCUUCCUUGCGACGACUUUCUCAACCAGCUGCCUAGUUAAGUAAGAGUUGCACCCGAGAAAGCCUGCCAUCUUUGGCCUGAUUUAGAUCUAAAUGCAAGCAGUUGUAACUGUAUCCACCAUGAAUCAGCAGUUCUGCAUCAAGGGUAUGUUUACCUACAACCCUAAGCCCUAACCAGGGAAAGCCAGUCCGACGAGGACAACCCCAUCUAAUCCAGCCACGGAUCGAUGUUUCAUGUGCCGGGUGGAUUCCGUUUAUGUCGUCCGUGUGUAUUUUUUGGAAAGUCCCCGCAUUCUUGCGAACUAGGCGCACAUUGUGGAUUUUGCCACCACUGCAAUGGUUAAGGCUUAUAUUGCGCUAUCCCAUCUUGUGUUUGUGAAGCAUCUUGGAGCAGGAGCUGUUCAUCCAUCUUCUCGGAACUGAUGUCCUCCGGUAUCUAAGGCGAAAGCAGACCCAAUAAAUGUUGAGUCUACCAAGUAGAGAGAUGCCACCACCAAGAUGCUGUGUGUGCCAACAAGCAAGAUGGAUCUUCAGGGCAAGCGCUAAAUUGGAUUAGACCGCAUGAUGCGGCAGAAGGAGGCGAGGCUAAAGCGGAAAGCAAUCAGCGCGAAAAAAAGGCAGAGGCGGAUGAUUAAGACCCUUUUUCUUGUCGGUGUGGUACUUAUGUGAACCUAGUACCACGGAUGACACUUCCUGAUGAUUCUCUAUGGACCAGGUAUGGGCAUGCAGAAAAACGACAGCUUUGCUGAAUUGAUUCUACAAGUAUGAGCAUGCAUUGAGAUUGACCAAACACCUCUAACAACUGGGCGGCCGUUGAGGCUGUUGAAGUGCUAAGACCUCGCUCCUCCAUGUGGUGGACCUAAUAGCUGCAUAUGGUGGAAGUGGAGUUUGAGGAAGAUGGUAAUUAACUGCAUCAAGAGAGUAGUUGUACUACUUCCAAGUAAAGGCAGCUAAGUAUUUGUUUCGAAGGUUUUUUGAUUGCAUGGACAUCAAAAUUAGUGAUGAAGACGUGAAGGUGUAAAACCACCGCCACAGUCAUGAUAGACAAGGAUAUCCGGAUGCAUAUGCAACGUUGAGAGCGAGACGGGAGCUCUUGACCGUAUAAUAAUUGAUAUUGAUGAUAAACAAGCACUGAAUUAUUAUUAGAUAGUAGUAGAGUAGUUUAUAGACGCUGGGCUACGCUGGGUGGCCUCGCUGGGUACGAUGGGUGGCCUCGCUGGGUACGCUGGGCGGCUACGCGGGGCACGCUGGGCGGGCGCUUGGAUAGCGCUUGGCGGACUUGAGGGCCACACAUUGGGCAUGCCGAGCCCGCGCGGCCGAUGGAUUUACUUGCGCCGCGGGGACGCGGUGCAGCGCGUCCCGUGAGCACAAACACAGGCGGCGCGCCGCCCUCAAGGUUCAGGGCAGCGCUGGCGCAGUGCUGCGCCUGUUUGCGCAGUAGCGAGCUGCGCGGCGCCUGCUCUGUUCAGGCUUGCACUGCGUCGCGCUGCACUUGGCUGCCCGAUGCGUGCAGUGCUGCGCCGCUCCUGUGCAGUGCGGUAAACUGCCAGCGCCGCUCCCGCUGGCCUUGGCUUACGCUAGCCUAGCCCUGCUGGUGGGGUUCUCAAGCGGGUGCCCGAAGGGCGCCACGCAAGUGGAGACGCCCAGCGUCACGCUGGUCGCAGAUCUGGCACAUUUGGGUCGCCCAGCGACCCAGUGUGCCCAGCCCAGCCAUAUAAACUGUUCUAUUUAGUAGGUAGUGCUAGUGCUUAUAAAUAUACUUGUAAUUUGUAGUUUGGUGGAGACUUGGAUUAUGACGACCGACGCCGAAGACGUAGGUGGACCUCAAUAAACUAGCAUGAGCCUGUAACUCAAAGUCUAGUCGGCAGGGCUUUAGUUUUCUUAAAGAUUAAUCCAUCAGCGUCAUAGCCCUUGUGGUAUUCGAAGUUCUUUGGUGUGCCAACGUGAGCAGCGAUGUUCAUUCAUUCACUCGCAUCCCUAGCUCCAGCAGUGUGUCCUUGCGGACGGCCGUGGGUUGCAGCGUAAUGAGUAUAUUUCGAAGUUUGUAAAACUCUUGCAAAGGAAUAGCGACACUGUUCUUGCAGACAUAUUAAGGAUCAUCUCCAAGCAGCCACAGAAACCUUUUCGUUUAUUUUCACAUGCUGGGUAGCCUAUAACAAAAUAAAACGAGUGACUUAUGUUAAUGAGGGCGUGUUUUUCUCAAGGCAAAAUUAUAAACGGGGAGCUACAUGGGGCUUGGUCAGACACUACUGUAAAAGAUUAGCCCGAACCAAGGCAUUAAUCGUGCUCCUGGUUCGCUACAUUGGAUUUCAAGAUUUCGAUUUGGAAGCAUUAGGGCCCUCCUUGUUAGAAGUAGAACAAGGACAGGCAAGUGGAAACGACUCAUCGAGAGAGUUUCUCGAACGGAUCAGUCCCUGGCUUGGAUGUCAUUCUGUGUCAACACCUGAUGAAAAACAGCAACCAAGCUCACCCGGGGGUCGGCAAACAAGCAUAGAAAGGGAUAGAAUCGUGC